AGAACCUCUCCUCCUUUCUCUCACCUCUCCUUUUCUUUUCUCAGAAAAACCCUAGAUUGAACUCAGUCCAUGUAAGCGAAACACAGGAGAAGGCAAGCUAGCUUUUUUCAUCUCAAAACCCUUAUCUUCCUGCUCAGUAUUUCUCCUCUUCUCUAGUUUAAGAUCGGCUGGGUUCUUUGCUUUUGUUUCUUUUUAUACACCUACUGUUCAACUUGAAAGAGAGCAGGAGGAAAAGAAAGGGAAAGGUCUGUCUCCAUUGCGGAUCAUCGCUUUAAAGACAUGGGUACUUUCUAAAAGCUCUUCUAGAAGAUCUCUCUCGAUUUACUUCAUGGGUUCUUUUGCAGGUUUCACUUAAUUGGGAUUGUAAUUGAUAAAAACCCCUGCAGCCUCUGCAACACACUCUUUCUCAUUUACUCACUCAACCCUUCUUCCUGCCAUUUUUCUUCUCUUCUCUUUAUUGCUUUCUUAAUUUUUUUACUCUCUUAAAACUCUCUAGAGCCAUGGAUUCUGGUAACAGUGGAAGUAUGCAAUCGUCAAGCGGUGGUGAUGAGGAGUACGAUUCACGGUCCGAGUCGAUCUCCGCUAUCUUCAACUCUUCCGGCCACGUUGGUCAUGGUCAUGUCAUAUCUAAUCCACAUCUCACUACUCCUCCUCACCAUCUCAGUCUCCCCUCGUCAUCCUCGUCUUUGUUUGAUUCUGUAUCGAAUUAUCUGGAUGUCUUUUCUCGAUCACCGGCAACUUCAAAUGCAAAUUCCUUAACACAUCUUGACAUGAUGUGGCCUAGAAGCGUAAGAUCUGAAGCCAAUUGCACCGAGAUCGGCAAUAUAAUGGGUUUAUCAUCCUCGACCCAACCCAUCUUCGGCGCUCAAGGGCCUAGUCGGGGCUCUCUGCCAAGUUCAUCGUCGCAAUUGCCAGCGGCCCCAGAGAACGGUGCACGGCCUUCAGCUCCACCGUCAUCGUCAUCGGAUCAGGCCAACGUAGUUCGAAGCUCAAAGAAGAGGUCCAGAGCUUCUCGAAGAGCACCCACUACUGUACUGACCACCGACACAACGAAUUUCCGUGCGAUGGUGCAAGAAUUCACAGGUAUACCCGCACCCCCGUUCUCGGCCUCACCUUUCCCUAGAAGCCGACUCGAUCUCUUUAACACUGCAUCCACCUUGAGGUCCGCUCAUUUGGAACCACCGCCGCCGUACCUUUUACGGCCUUUUGCUCAAAAGGUUCAGCCACCCUCAUUUUUAUCUUCAGCCGCUGGUGCUGCUGCUGUUUCUACUUCCUUCUCAUCUUCCGGUUUGGUUAAUACCGUUUCUUCUAGCACUAAUAUUGCUAGUACUACUACUUCCACUACCCCCACCACCGCCACCACCACCACCACCACCACUAAUGGUUUCUCAAACUCACCUUCCACAAAUAACUACCAACUGCUUUCUGAUAUAGGCCUUCCGAAACAAUCUCAGAAUCUACUAAACAUGCAGCCGAACCCAAUUCUCACGUUCCAGUCUAUCUUGCAAUCUUCUCCUCUUAAUCAACCAAAGUACCCAUCAUUAGCCUAUGUGCCCGUCUUCGGUGCGAAAUCUCAACAAGGGUCUUUGACGACUUCGUCGACUGAUUCACAACAACUUAAAAUGGGCAUGGUGCUGGAGGAGUUCGGCAUGAAUCAUGGACAUGUAAAUCCACAACUCAGUGGGCUACCCAACUUUGUAACCUCGGAUGGGAUGUCACUAAGGAGCGACAAUAAUCAUUCAGGCUGGGGAGAUGGAGUAGGACUGAAUGAUGGGGAUCAUCAACCUAACUUGAAGUCUUUCAAUGGGAAUUACAGUAACACACAGAGGGUAAAUAGCUGCAAGAUAAACUACACCACGUCGUCGUCAGACUUCCAAGUGGAGAAGGGGCCGGAGAAUGGUUCUUCUAGGGGUGAAGGUAUGGUGGAUUCAUGGAUUUGUUCUUCGGAUUAGGACCUAUGUAGGAGAGAGAGAGAGAGAGAGAGAGAGAGAAGUAGAAGAAGAAGAAGAAAUAGAAAUCAAGGAGAGGCAAAUGAUUCUCUCUCCGUGAUAACCACCACUGUCAACAUUUACAACACUUAAAAUUUUCCCAGGUUAUAUGUAAAUAUGGCCUCUUUGCUUCUUAUAGUUCUCAUUAUACAUCCAUUAGUACACGACUAUGGGAACUCUGAUUUUCCAUGUUGUUCUCCAGUUGAAGUUAGAUUAUAUUGAUUUCUUUUGUCUUCUCUUUUUGUCUUCGUUGGUAUCCUUUGCUUAGACUUCUGGCUACUGAUGAUAAGGGAGAAGGAGAAUAUAUGGCCAUGAAAGUGAUCAAAUGGAUAACUACCCAUGUGAGAUGUUAUAAUAUCGAGCAAGUUCGAUCUCAUACUGUCUAAUGGAAAACUGCUUGUAGCUUGAUGCAACUUAAACGAAGAACCCGGGUUCUGUCUUGCUUUUUC